CCAACUCAUUUCAAGAGAACAAUAAAAGUUAAACAUUGUUGCAUUCCAUUCUUUUAUAAGAAAUUUUUUUUCUAUUUAUCCGUAAAAAUGAUGAUUGAUAUUAUGAAAACAUAACGAAAAAUGUUAAGGAACUGCACUCAAUGGAGAAUGAAGAAGAAAAUCUAGAAUGUAAAAUCUAUAAACAGAAAUUUCCUAAUAAUUCUUUAUUAGAAAUUCACGAGAAGAAUCAUUGUGAAAACGACGAGGCAAUUUGUAAAUAUUGCAAUAAAAGGAUCAAACACAAAAACAAUUUGAGCAGACACAUGAAAACUCAUUAUUGUGAAAAAAGUCAUAAAUGUCACCUUUGCGAUUACGCUUCUAACAGAAGGGAUUCUUUAAAGAAACACGUCAAUUUCGUUCAUCGCACAGUACUUCCAUCUCCAGUUGAAUGCUCAUCCAAAAAAAUCACCCGGAAGAAAUAUCAGUGUGAAACGUGUCAUCGUUUCUUCAAGACUCAACACGAUUUAGAAAUUCACAUCAGACGCCAUGAAAAUAUCAUGUACACAUGUGGAGAAUGUGGUAAACCUUUCAGUUCCAUAUCAAAUCUCACUCAGCACUUUAUAAAACAUUCAUCGGAACGACGACAUAAAUGUAAAGUUUGUGGUAAAAUGUUCAAACGGAAGGGAGGAUUGAAGAAACAUCUUCGUGGCCAUGCAAAAAAGAAAUCCUACAAUUCUCAAGAACGGUAACAUCAACACUACCAUCGAAGAUGAUCCAGAAACUUCAUCAAAACUCGAAGAAUAUUCUGACACCGAAGAAAUAAACUGUGAAUGCAUUUUGUGUGACCGAAUCUUUGAAAAUGAAUCUAAACUAAAUGAGCAUUUAAGAAAUGAGCACCCAGAAAUCCACUCAAUAGGAUACGAAGGAACAAGUUAUAAAUACGAAAGUAGCCAAGAUCUUGAAGAUAUUGACGUAUCAAAUUGACUAUCAUUAUGUGAACAACAUCACAUUGAUGAAGACAGCAGCAAACUUCGCGAUAUUGAUAUUUCUGAAGAAAAUUUCAUGUAAUAAAUUUUUUUUGAUGAUCAUUUAAAA